AUGGUUUCUGCAAAUAGAGAAAUGGCUGUGUAUUGCUUUGACACGCUCGUUGCUCACUAUAACAACAAGGAAGCCCCACCUCCUGCCUUUGACGAGGGCCAACAUCCAUUGUUUGUCACUUGGAAGAAAGUGGUCAGUGGUGGUGAGCCUCGUCUACGUGGAUGCAUUGGGACUUUGGAAGCUAGAGGUUUGAUUAAUGGAUUCAAGGACUAUGCUUUAACCAGUGCUUUGAGGGACCGGAGGUUUCCUCCUAUACAGGCCAAGGAGCUGCCUUCUCUAGAAUGUACAGUGUCUAUUCUAACUAAUUAUGAGACUGCUAACAACUAUCUUGACUGGGAGGUUGGGGUACAUGGUAUGAUUAUUGAAUUUACCGACCCUAACAACCAUACAAGGCGGAGUGCCACAUAUUUGCCUGAAGUCGCUGCCCAUGAAGGUUGGACGAAAUUGGAAGCAAUCGAGUCGCUUAUGCGCAAAGCUGGCUACAAUGGCGUCAUCACUGAAUCACUUCGAAAGUCCAUUAAACUGACGCGUUACCAGAGCACGCUUUUCACCAUGACGUACAGCGACUACGUCUCCUACGUGAAAGAAACCAGGGGGGUUACAGCUCCGGUUAUGAAUGGGGCUACUCCUAAGCUUGCCAUGUAUUGA